ACGAUCAUCUGUUCCCAGCCUCCGGCACCUCGGUCUUCAAACCCCGCACGGCAUGUCCAGUGUUCAGUCUUGAUCGCCGCAGACUGGAGGACAGGCCGCGUCUGGGACGUGAGCGAGGGCAUCGCUUAUGGCGUCACGAAGCGCGAUGGUACCAGUGCGAGCUUACCGACAGGCAAGGGAGGGGCGAAAGAGGGCAAGGAGGAGAAGGAAGAGAAGGGCGUGAGGGUGUGCAGGGAGUGUAGGGAGAACGUGAGGAGACUCCAGUAUGUGCUGGAGAAAUCCCGAGUCCCGCCCGUGAGCAGGCUGUAUACCGUACUGAUGCAGCUCGAACGCGAGCUCCUAGACAUCAUCCCGACGUACCAGGACCAGCUGCUCGAGCUCCCUCCCCAGCCGAGCGCGGCCUCCCUAGCCCCUGUGCAGGAAACGCGCAAGUUGGUACUCGACCUGUGUGCGGAUUACGAUAAGCUCGCCAAGAGGAUCCUUGGGCUGCCUUGUGUGAAAGGCGGGGAGGAGGAGAGGGUCCAAAGAGCGGUGUGGAUGCGGAGCAGGGGGGUGUUGCAGAAGGAGAUGGCUGGGUUGCCUGCCCUGCCCAAACCUCCCACGCACAAGAAGUCCAAAUCACAACCACAAUCCCAACCCCCAUCACGCUCCUCCUCCCUCCCCGGUUCGGGGCUGCACACACCCACAGACCCAGACGCCGAGCUGGCCCACCGGCUCCAGCCGCUCCUUGAGCAAGAGGCGCUGCUGGAUCAGUAUGUGGCCGAGGCUACUGCUGCGAGGAAGUUUGAGGAUGCGAGGGCGUUACGCGCGAGUUUGGAGGAGAUUAGGGAGGAAGUGGGGAGGUUGGUUCGGCAGGCUGGGGGUUGA